AUGGAUUGGAUGUGGGCUGAAGGCUCCUUCACCACCAUCUGCUUGCAGACCGUGGGCACCAGGCCCAGGCCAACAACGUCGGGAAAGGACCGAGGCCCUCCGUGUGAUCCUGAGGGUCUCUCAAGUUUAGGAAUGGCUGUUUCCCACUUAAGGUCCUACAUUACUGCGGUGGACACCCCUGGGGACUUGCGCCCAGCAGGAGCGCCCAUGUUGAGCUGCACCCCCGCCCGUGUUGCAGAGCCCACCGGGCGGCCGAGGAGAGGCGGCGGCGGGGGCGGCUUUCCCGGUACCGGGCUGGCGACCCGCCCCGUGCUCCUGCGUAAACACGCGGUUCCCCUGGCAACGCCGGGAGCCCACGUCAAAGGCUCCGCAGGGCCCGGGGCGCGCGGGGCGGCGCUGGCGGCGCAGGCGCUCGUGCUGCUGCUCGUCUUCCUGCUGUCUAGCCUGGGCAACGGCGCCGUGGUGGGCGCGAUCGUCAAGCACCGGCCGCUGCGCACGGUCACCAACGCCUUCGUGCUGUCGCUGGCGCUGUCCGACCUUCUCACCGCGCUGCUCUGUCUGCCCGCCGCCUUCCUGGACCUGCUGGCGCCGCCCGGGGGCCAGGGGCCGUGGCGCGGCUUCUGCGCCGCCAGCCGCUUCUUCGGCUCGUGCGGCGGCAUCGUGUCGUCGCUCAGCGUGGCGCUCAUCUCGCUCGACCGCUACUGCGCCAUCGCGCGGCCGCCGCGGGACAAGCUGGGCCGCCGCCGCGCGCUGCAGCUGCUGGCCGGCGCCUGGCUGGCGGCGCUCGGCUUCUCGCUGCCCUGGGAGCUGCUGCUCGGGGCGCCGCGCGGGCCCCCGGCCGCCGCCGCGCAGAGCUUCCACCGCUGCCUCUACCGCACCUCCCCCGACCCCGCGCAGCUGGGCGCGGCCUUCAGCGUGGCGUUAGUGGUGGCCUGCUACCUGCUGCCCUUCCUGCUCAUGUGCGUCUGCCACUUCCACAUCUGCAGGGCCGUGCGCCUGUGCGACGUGCGCGUGCGGCCCCUGACCACCCCCGCGCGCGCGCUGCGCCUCUUCCGCGAGGUGCGCACCGCCACCACCGUGCUCCUCAUGAUCGUCUUCCUCAUCGGCUGCUGGGGCCCCCACUGCCUCCUGGUGCUGCUGGCCGCCGCCCGGCAAGCGCAGGCCAGCCGCGCCCCCUCGCUGCUCGACGUGCUGGCCGUGUGGCUGACCUGGGCCAACGGGGCCAUCAACCCCCUCAUCUAUGCGGUCCGCAACCCCAACCUCUCCAUUAUGCUGGGGCGCAGCCGCGAGGAGGGCUACCGGACUAGGAACGCGGGCGCCUUUCUGGUCUGCCGGGGCCGGGUUCUGCAGCCCAGGAACUGCAGUCGCCUUCGGAACCGCUGCGCCAGCAGGCUCGGGGCCUGUAGCAGGGUGACCUGGUCCAACCCGGCCAGCGGGGCAGGAGGAGACCUGGUCAUGUGGGCCCGCAAAAACCCGGUUGUGCUUUUCUGCCGGGAGGGACCAGCAGUGUCUGGGACAGCAGAGGCCAAACAGCCUAAAUCCGAGGUCCGAGAUACCAGCCUCUGAGGGUUGGGACCGACAGUUUCAGAAGAAAAAGCAUUCCGCGGAGACUCGGAUUUCACAAGCCAAACAUUUGAAACUCGAAAGACAGAGCGGGAGGGUUACCGCUUCCUCCAGACAGCGUAAAAGACAGUGUUCCCUUCUUCAAAAGUGUUAAAAGGAAUGUAAAAUGCACAAAUUAAAACAAAUCUUAAACCACACAGCCAAGCAUUGUGAAUUGUAAGUGCCAAAAACCAAAACUCAACCAUCCCUGAAAAGCUCAUAUUACAGGAAUCACACUGUGAAACAAACAAAUCACCGAAUACAGUCAAUAUAUGUUCAAACAGUAGAGUUUCAGGAAUGGAGUCCUCGGAACCACUGAAGGCCCUCUGAAUCACCAGCAUUCAACAGAAAGCCGGCUUCCAAACUGCACUUGUACACAGGCUUUGAGUGCUUAGGUUGGGGAGCAGAAAAUUCCUAUUUUUACCUAAAUUGGUGCACUUCUUCCCCAAGCAUGUGAUCUUUGUGGGAAGUUUUAAAGUCAGAUCCUAUUAGAAACCAUUUUAGGGAGCUGGGGAUUUAGCUCAGCGGCACAAGCGCCUGCCUGGCAACGUCAAGGUCCUGAGUUUGAUUCCCAGUACCUAAAUAAAUAAAUAAAUAAAACCAUUUUAGGAUUUUGAAAGGAUGGUUUAUUACUAGGUGAAAUACAGCUAGCUGAAGGGCAAAUCGAAAUAUGCACAUAAAUGUGGCUGUUUUUAAAAAGUAUUCGAAGCUGGGGAUGUAACUCAGUGCCAGAGUGCUUGCCUAGCUGAGCGCAAGUCCCUGGGGUUGGUCCUCAACCUUGCAGGGAAAAAGGAUAAAAAGUAAAGUAUUCGAAGAUGAUGCAUACAAAUUAAUGUCCCUUCUACAGCCUCCCCCAAGAUCAUCUGCGCCUGGAGAAGGAGGGUUUGUCCUUUACCCUGUUGCUCUUUUUGCUGACUUCUAGGAUGCCACUGUCAGAAUGCUUUCACAUUAGAAAAAAAGGAAAAAAGACUUUCAUAGUAGAAAAUUUUUUUUCUUUUGUGGUAAAUUUGAUGUUUUCAUGUAGUCAAACUAAUUUGAAGUCGAAUUGAUUGAAUAAGGUGAAUAUUCUGUAAAGUAACAAGGUUGGCUUUUCUAUGUGACUUUUUAUCUAACUAAAGGUGAUUCCAAAGAGAUAUUCUAAGAAUAGUGUGAGAGGUGGCCACAUUCUUAGAAUAGGCCCAGAGCUGUCUCAGAGGUCAUGUUCUCCUACAUUUGGAAGUCUGGGUAUUUCUUAAUAGCCAAUUGUUGUUUUAUGGUUAUGAUUUAUAUAAAACAGUCUUCAUUCAAAAGGGAAUAGAAGUGUCAGAUUAUUAUGUGGAAUAGGGAAUUAAAAACAUGGGCAUAAGGUUGGAGAGGUACCUCAAGCAAACUGAAAAUAGCUGCAGAGAUGUGCAAAACAAAGGUGUUUGUAGAGUGAUUUAAAAAUGCAGUUUAGGAUUUGUGUAUGUGGAUUUCUCACACUGGAUGCCUCUGUGCACUGAGUGACCCCGAGUUCGAAGGUGAUCUCCUGUUUAUCCCUCUUUCCUUCCUUCCGUCUUGCUCCUCUUUUCUGCAGUGUUUCAUGGCCUUACGUGAGUGAGUCCUUUAACCUAGUUAUGAAAAGACAUUGCCUGUCAUAUAAAGAUCUCCAUGUGAAAUAACCAGCAUUUUUUCUUGUAAGGCAUUUAAGGGUGUUUGUCAGUAUUUAAGUGUUUGUGUGACGUGUCACUAUUUUGUAAUCGAUGAUGAAAUACAUGAUU